CCACAAAGAGACAAACAAGAUUGAAAAUCAGAUCGGUGUUUUCACUUCUCCAACAUGUUCUUCAAAUCUUAUCAUCGUUUUCGCUUCAAAUGAGUAUCCUUUUUUUUGAAUUCUUACGAGACUACACUUCUUCCAGGAACGUUGGAGCUCUAAAGCCUCCGACUUUUUCAUUCAUCUGGGUAUCUUGAUUGAUCGUUACUCAGCAAUGGAGACCGGAAAACUCAACCAAACUCCGUCUAAGAAACCCAGAGCCACGACGAUGGAAGACGUGCUGGUGGCAUUACACGAGACCAAGGAAGAGAGAGACCUCAGGAUUCGAAGACUGUUCGAAUUCUUCGACAGUUCCAAGUUAGGGUUCUUAGACGACACCCACAUCGAGAAAGGCCUGACUUCGCUUCGUAUUCCUUCAAAGUACAAGUACGCUAGAGAUUUGCUUAGAGUCUGCGACUCGAAUCGAGAUGGGCGCGUUGACUACGAGGAGUUUCGUCGCUACAUGGACGCUAAGGAGCUUCAGCUUUACAUUAUUUUCAAGGCCAUUGAUGUCGAACGCAAUGACGACAUUUGUCCCGACGAGCUCUCCCAGGCUCUUGUUAAGUCUGGCAUUGAAAUUGAAGAUAAGGAACUGGCUUCGUUUAUGGAGCAUGUUGACAAGGACAAGAACGGAACUAUAACUUUCCAAGAGUGGAGGGACUUUCUUUUGCUGCACCCACAUGAAGCCACUGUUGAGAAUAUUUAUCAUCACUGGGAAAGAGUUUGCUUAAUAGACAUUGGGGAGCAGCCUGUCAUACCCGACGGUAUAAGCAAACACGCUCAAAGAAGCAAACUACUCCUCGCCGGAGGACUUGCCGGAGCUGUUUCUAGAACCGCGACCGCUCCUCUAGACCGUCUUAAAGUUGUUUUGCAAGUUCAGAGAACUAAAUCAGGAGUUGUCCCGACCGUUAAGAAAAUAUGGAGGGAGGACAAGCUGUUGGGUUUCUUCAGAGGCAACGGGCUGAAUGUGACGAAAGUUGCUCCUGAGAGCGCCAUCAAGUUUGCUGCUUAUGAGAUGCUGAAGCCUAUUAUCGGUGGAGGAGAUGGUGAAAUUGGCACGAAGGGGAGGCUUUUGGCUGGUGGGUUGGCUGGCGCAGUGGCUCAAACCGCUAUUUACCCUAUGGAUCUAGUGAAGACUAGGUUACAGACUUGUGUGAGUGAGCUUAGGAAGACACCGAAUCUGUUGAAACUAACCAAGGAGAUUUGGAUACAAGAAGGACCUCGAGCGUUUUACAAGGGUCUUUAUCCUUCUCUUCUUGGGAUUAUACCUUACGCUGGGAUUGACCUUGCUGCUUACGAAACUCUCAAAGACUUUUCAAAGACAUACAUUCAUCAUGACGAGCCGGGUCCUCUCGUGCAACUGGGAUGUGGAAUGACAUCGGGAGCUCUUGGAGCAUCGUGUGUUUACCCGUUGCAAGUCGUACGAACAAGAAUGCAAGCUGAUAGCGCAAAGACGAGCAUGAGCCAAGAGUUUCUGAAGACGCUAAAAGGGGAAGGUGUAAGAGGCUUUUACAGAGGAAUCUUCCCCAAUCUUUUCAAAGUCAUCCCUUCCGCAAGCAUCUCCUACCUUGUUUACGAAGCUAUGAAGAAAAAUCUAGCCCUUGAUUAAAGAGAUAUAGUGAUAAGCUCAUUUGAUUCGAUGAUGGAGAAAAAAGACUUUAGCUUCCGAUUGUAGAAAAUGUGAACAAGAGAUCUGGUUGAUUC